AUGUCUUCCGCCCUCAGUCGAGCCGAACAGGCGAUCAAUCGGUUUGCCGUCCGGGCAACCUAUCGAAAUCUCCUCCGCGCAACACGCAUAGCCUUCGCCGGGGAUGAACACACCUUAGGAGCAGCACGAUUACACGCACGAGAACAAUUCCGAGCGAAGAAGCACGAGGUCUCGGGGAGUAUUGAGGCUUCCCAAGCGCUCGAGCAUGCGCAAGGCGUGACUCAGAUUCUGAGAGAGAAUCUGGUACAGGGAAAGUAGGGAUUACAAUCUGCCUUUGUUGGGAAGCCUUCUGAUGGGAGCGCUAGGAGCUGAUGAUGUGUGUAGAAAUGUUGGAGGCGAUCAAUACAAGUUGAAUAUCCAUGAGCACACGCAGAGGCUGGACAAUGAUACGGCGGGACAGUUGAAGGGAACGAAGAAGAGCUUCAAGGAGAUCAAGGAUUCGGUGUUUUGA